GGUUCAAGCGCGGUUGAGAGAUAUGCGAGAGAAGAAGGAAAGUUUAAUAAGAGAGAAUACUGCAGCCUUCGGAAGACAAUGUCCCAACCACCCAAACCCUUGGCCGGAGUUCUACAUCCUGUAACAAAGCCACAUGGAGGAAAUUUUCUUGUAACAGUCAAACAGGAGAAAAUGGAGACCCCAAGAUCAAGUGGGGAGAACAGAGCAACCGAGGAAGAGCCCGUUAAGAAGAGGGGAUGGCCAAAAGGAAAGAAAAGAAAAAAGAUUCUACCUAACGGACCCAAAGCCCCAGUCACCGGUUACGUUCGAUUCUUGAAUGAACGUAGAGAGCAGAUACGUGGUCAGCAUCCAGACCUGCCCUUCCCAGAAAUAACAAAAAUGCUGGGAGCGGAAUGGAGCACUCUGCCUGGGCCAGAGAAACAGAGAUACUUGGAUGAAGCUGAGAGAGACAAGCAGCAGUAUAUGAAAGAGCUAAGAGAGUACCAGCAGUCUGAAGCUUACAAAAUGUGCUCAGAAAAGAUGCAGGAGAAAAAAAUCAAAAAAGAAGAAAGCAGUGCAUCGAGUAUGAGUACCUUGCUGAAUGGCUACACACACAAAAGUGGAAAUUCUCAGAGUGAUGGGUUUGCCACGUUUGAUGUUCCAAUCUUUACUGAAGAGUUUCUAGAUCAAAAUAAAGUGCGUGAAGCAGAGCUGAGAAGACUUCGUAAGAUGAACAUGGAGUUUCAGGAGCAGAAUUCCAUCUUACAGAGGCACACAGAGAGCAUGAAUUGUGCCAAGGAGAGGCUAGAGCAGGAGUUGGUACAAGAGGAGAGGCAGACAAUGGUCCUUCAGCAGCAGCUCCAAACUGUUCGCCAGAUUCUGCUUGCCAGUUUCUCUUCAUUACCCAUUCCAGGUACAGGUGAGACCCCAACGCCAGGAAAUCUUGAUGUGUACAUGGCUAAGCUUCACAGUGUGAUUGAGGGCAACCCAUUGCAGCACGAGAAGCUGGUGAUCAGGAUAAAGGAAAUUUUAUCCAGGAUUAACAGUGAACACCUGUAAGGAUUGCAGAGAAUGUCACUUAAUUCUUCUGGAUUCAAGAGCAAGAGUGGAUUUACGAGAUCCGUAGUGGGUAUGGGCGAAAGAUAACACGAAGAUCAAAUACUUAACGACUAUCAGGCACAUGUUGUGAAGCUGUGAAACUUGUGUGUCUGAUUUAGUGAUCUGAACUAUUGGAUCUAAUAGGAAGAUAUACUGACAAAAUGGACGAUACCAGAUUUCCAAGAAAGUGCUAAAGCAUUCCUUUUGAAAAAUAAUUGGAUUGAUAUCUGUGCCAUAUAACUGGAAUUUCUUGAAAUUCACUCUCAAUUCCACUGCAAUGUACUACUGCACAUCAUGUGCCACCAUUUUGGAGUGAAUAGAUUUGGCACCAUCUGCCAUCAUACAAAACAUUAACAUUUAACAUGUCCUGUGCAUUGUUUUUAAAGGCAAAGAAUAAUGUAGGAUCAAAGUAAUAUCCAUCCUUGCACGCUAGAGUUUUAUCCAUGUGUCUAUUGUAUUCUCCUGCUGUGUACAUUGAUUUUCUAGGGUAUACAGUUUCUUUUAGCUGCAGGUAAAGUAGAUGAACA